CAUAGAGGCGCAUCCGAGCAAUGGCCUGAAAACUCGAUCAUCUCCAUGGCUCAGGCCGUCAAGGACGGUGCUGACGGUCUCGAAGGGGACCUCCACCUUACUUCAGACGGCGAGAUCAUUGUCAUGCAUGACCCCUCCCUCGAACGAACAACAAACGGCACAGGACUAGUCAAGGAUCGGCCCUGGAAUGGAUACAUUGACGGACUCAAAUCCAAGAAGGAACCCCAUGUCGGCGUUCCCCGCUGCAUUGAUGUUCUUGCCUUCCUGGCCCAGGAGGGUAACGAGAAGGUCUGGUGGAACAUUGAUAUCAAGAUGAAUAACUCACCUGCACUACUGUUCUCCAAGUUCGCAAAGCUGAUCGAGGAAAACUUCCCCGGCCGGGAUUUCUCAUCCCAGAUUGUCCUGGGCCUUUGGCACCCAAAGUUCCUCCCUGCUGCGGACAAGUACCUUCCAAAAUUCAGUCGAAUCCACAUUGGAUUCAGUAUCCCAAUCGCGCGGCAACACUUCCCACCGAGCGCCGUGGAUGGAUACAGCAUCAACUUUAUGGUCCUAUCCACGCCCGCAGGACGACAGUUCAUCAAGGAGAUGCAGGCAGCUGGGAAGUCGAUCCUGGCCUGGACGGUUAACGACAUGGCGGAGGCGCGGGAGUGUGUCAAGAUGGGUGUCGAUUAUGUUCUCACGGAUCGGACAAAGACACUUCACAAGCUUCUUCAUGAG